CCUUAAUAUCCAAAAUCCUACAAUUGAACACACCUAAACAUGAAAUCCUCCUAAAUCUUAUAUCACAAACUAAUAAACCCCCUAAAACAAUACCUUAAAGAUAGGGUCAAUAAACCUUAAAAUUGACCUUUAACUUCUACAACCCGAAUCCUAAAUAUCCAACGAACUCUAUAUUCUAACUAUUGAACUCUCUAAAACAUAAAUUAUGAUCGAGGAACCCUUAAAACAUAAAUUUUGGAUCAUUAACCCCUACAACAUUAAACCUAAACACUUACCAUACUAGAAGAUAUGGUUGAAAUGGUGCGAUUUGGUUGAUUGCUCUUUUGCUUGGAUUUUAUGUUAUUCAUAUCUACACGUCUCCUCAAAACAAUACUCUAUUUUUGGGGUUCAAGUUUAUAAAAGGUGAACAUAACAUAUUAUGUUUUUAAACAAAAUAUCAAAUAUUGAAAAUCGUAAAUAUUCAAAUACAUGACCUCUUAAUCAAAGUUUUGAUAUCAUGUCAACUCAAUUUGUGGAGACUAAUUGUUUGGUGACAACCACUAUAUGGUCAAUCAAAGACAUGCACAUAUUGAACUUUCUUGAAGUUUUGUAAAAUUUUAGGGACUAAUUUAUUUUUCAUUUGAGUGUAAAAAGUUUAAACAAAGGGGACUAGAUUAUAAAUUUAACAUUUGCUUAUCCUAGCCUCGAUUUUGUUUUACCCCCUCCACUUUGGGGAUUUCGAUUUCUUUGCCACUUCUACUACGGCCUAACCCUUACUCUUCCGGUGGCCUUACCUUCUGUCCAUCCGCCUGUUUAACUACCGCCAUUGCCACCGAGAGUUCAGAUAUGCCGCGUCGAUGGUCCUUUCUAGGGGAUAAUCCUCCUUCUCCGAUCAGCAAACUAGGGGACGAUCUCCUCUUCGAAAUUCUGAUUCGCCUGCCGAACCCUAGAUCCGCCUGCCGGAGCAAAGCCGUGUGCAAGCAGUGGAGAUCUCUGGUUUCUAAACCUUGCUUUAGUCGCCGCUUCCUUUCUCACCACCAGAGCAAGAACAAACCACCACCUCCUAAGCUUAUUCUCUCUGCUGACAGUCUCCUGAGUUUUCUCCCCGUGCCUGGCCUUCUUCCGGACGAGGAAUUCGUCGUUUUUGAUUGCUUCAAGGACUUGCUUUUAUGCGGGUUUAGGAGCCGUGCUAAUCCUCAACUCGCCAGAUCGUACUUGCUGUGCAACCCAUUUACGGAGCAAUGGGUCGCCCUUCCUUUGGCCCCUGAAAGGCCAGUGUGGCUGAGGAGGGUGUCAGCAAGGUUAGUUUGUGAACCCUUAAUCUCUGAUAGUCAUGAUCUAGGAGGUGGCUAUGACUAUCGAUUACGAGUGGUGUUUAUCUACCAAGAUAGGAAUUCUGUGAAACUAGAUAUGUUCUGUUCAGAGUCUGGAGAAUGGACCAAAGAGGCUGGUGUAGUUGAAGGUUAUCGCCUGCGCCUAAUGCAUGAUGUUGUUUCAUGCAAUGGGGUUCUAUAUGCGUCGUAUCUUAGAGCAGAAGACGAAGAUUCUAUGUUGUAUAGCCCUCUGAUUGUUGGCUUCAACCCAUUCCGCCCUGAUAUACCUCUCACUCGUAUCGAUGUUUCCCCACUCUCCAACUUAGAGUUUUGGAAUAUGUCGAUUUCGCAAGGUGCUCUGCACUUAGCUGUGUUCGAACACAUAAAACCUAUGGUCUUGAGUGUUUGGAGACUGAAAGAAGAUGGUAAGCAUUGGAGAAAGGUGUACGAAGGUCCAGUGAAGUCAUCACCAGGGGACGACUAUAACUUUGGGAACCUUUAUGUGCCUACUCUGCAUCCAGAGAAGCCAGAAAUUGCCUUCUUUACUCAUACCGAUCAAGACGAUAAGAAGUGUCGUCUAUCCUGCAAUGUGGGGAGUGGGGGAGAGCUAGAGUUCGUCUCUAAGAUAACUCGAUAUUUUAAUGGCUGGAGGGUGUUUGAGCCGAAGGUCCAUUGCUGGCCUACUCCAAUUCCAAGAUACCAGAAGUUACGAGCUAGGUACGAUGGAAGAAUCUACUGUUGGGUUCAGAGCAAUGAACCGGUGACUUCCUCAAUGACGGAGUUGAACACUCUGUAGCGCUAAGAGGCUGGCCUCCAUAUCAAUGAAACGGAGGACGAUGCCACUUGGAGGUAAUUGCUGUGUACCAGUUAGAAGGAAAGUAGCAGAUCAAUUAGCAAGGUAUUGGUAGGUGUUGUCUUUUGUUCCCCCCAAUACGAGGUUGUUAUUUGAAGUGGCUAGCUAGUUAUGUUAGGAACUGAAGGUGAAGGAUAGUCAACCCCAUGAUUUUGUUGCCUGAUUGUAGGAUGCUAAGAGCUGAUUGGUAUUAAUGAAUUGAGACGGCUAAUACUCCAUCUCCAUGAUCUUUGUACUGAACAAUUGUGCUCAUACCAUAAGUGUCCAAGGAGGCUACGCCAGGGAGUGUGGUGUAGGAAUUAGGAAACAUAAAUCCUCAAUUCUUUCGUUAUUUGGGGCGGGAUUGCAGUUUAUUACUAUCUAAUAGACUUUGGAUAUUAUUUCGGGAUUUUUGGGAUAUUUGCAUAAUUCGGAUGUUAUUUAUUAUUUGGAUAGUUAUAGGGAAUUUGUCGGUUCUAUAUAUUCUGUACGGAUGGGAAUUUUCGGAUUAAGCAAGAAAUAGAAUAAUUAUUUCCUAAACCUAAUUCUUCCUCUCUCAACCUCUCUCCCUCGUUUCCCCUCUCUAACUCGGUGGCUCUCUUCCCCUAAAUUUUCCGUUUCUUUCACGCUCCUACAUUCUUAGUUCCUUCAUGUGGCUUCCCAUUUCCUUGCUAGGCUGCCCUCAUUCUCCGCCAUGCGGGCCUGAUCAAAUACUUGCAGUUACUCUUUAUAUAAAAAAAAAAUACUUUCAUUUACAUCAAGCCUUUUUAAGGAGUUGUAAGUAAGGCUAUAUAUAAGAUCAAUCUCGUAGGUGGAAUCGUGGAGGAAAAAAGGUUAACUAUAGUACUAAUGAUAGUAUAAACUCUUUUUAAUAUCCAAUGAAAUAAAACUCGAUAAGCUUGGUGAGUGGAAGAUAACACUAUAAUUGUGUGAGAAAGAAUAAAUCAUCAAAAUAUUGAGAGAACUUUAUAGCAAUUUGGGAUGAAAAGAGAAUAAAAGUAAAAAUAUGGAAAAAGACGAAAAACAUGACAUAACUUUCGUCCUCUUCGUAUGGGUUGAGAGAUAUUUCCACUGUCUUCCUAUGCGAAUCCGAGCGAGAGAAAUGAGUAACGAUGAAAGAAUGAGUUUAUGAUUUAGGAGACAUGGAAGCUAGAAAUGGUGGAAGCUCAAACAUUUUUAUGGGCUAUGGAUUUCAUAAUCAAACAAAUUCUACUCUUCGUGCUUAUUGAAACAUAUUGUUUGACACUCAUAGCUAAGCUGAAUCUCCUCCAAUAAUAUAUGAUAGAGUUUGAAUCAGGGUCUCUUCAAACAAAUACAACAAGCAUAACCAAUUAUACUAAGCAAGUUUGUUGUAGCUUUUUGAAUACAAAACAUACACGAAGUUAAACUCUAAAACCAUAGGACUUUUCCAUCAUGAUUAGCUAGCCCACUAAGUCUUCCGUAAGUAUUUUUAUAAUGCUUGAUACAUUGAUUUUCAUAGUAGAGUUCCAUGUAACUUUCUCCAUUAUAAAGUUUCUACUCUCUCCUUAAUGUUUGCUAAGGGUAAAUUGACAAUUGGCUAACAUGGAAGAAACUACUUUUUUGUUAUGUGUUAUGUCCUUUCAUUUUUUAAUUUAAAAUAUUUUUUGCGCUUUUUAUCUUUGUUCUUAUCCUUUCCUAAGCUCCUCUAAAUACCCCCCCCCCCCCCCCCCCCCCCCCCCCCCCCCCCCCCCCCGCCCAAUAGUGCAAUAGUUAGCUCCAUUUCACUUUCCAGUACAAGGCCUCCUAUGAAAAUCAAUCUUCUGAUAUCUUUUAGAACUACGAUUUGAUUUUUGGGGAUUGAAGUUGGGCAAGUAGAAGAUUUAAACUCCAAUAUAAGCCCAUGACGAAUAGAAUGGAGUUCAAUCAAGUAGUUAGGGUCUGACCUAUCUCGCUUGAUUCCUUUGCACUGGCAUCGCACAAUGGUUCUAGCUCUCCUAUAUCGAUGAACUACUAGAAGAAAUAGUUUGAUGCUUCUAUUGCUGAAGACGAUGUUUGAUCAAUUAUAUCUUUCUCCCUUACUCCUCUUCAUAUAUCAGACUUUGAACUUGAAUGGGUUUUUGGUCUUCGUCCAAGGUUAAUCACUUCACAUAUGUAAGUCAUUCCUUUCUUCUCUUUGUCUCAUGGUUUUAUCUUUCUUAUUAAUAACAAAACGACUUUUAUUGUCAGGUUGUCUCCUGAGUAGAACAUGCAGAAGAUCUAUUUCUUUUGAAGCCCGAUGGAUCUCUUGCGUCGUUGCUCCUCUUUCUCUUUUUAGGUUUCAACUUCAAUGAGUUUUCUAGCUUCAUUGAAGGUUCAUUGAGUUGAAUUGGUAGGCUAUUAUCUUCCUUCCCAAUUUAUCUAAGUUGUUUGCGAUUGAUUUAUAAAAUAUAGGAAAGAAAUUUGAACGGUGGUUUGGAGGCUAGAUUUCUGUGAAUUCAAAUAGAUGUUUGUGUAGAAUAGGGGCAGUUGUACUUCCCUAGCGCGCUGUCUACUUUCUUGGUUGUUUGUUUGUUGUAUUUUUUUGUUCUUUGCUUCGCUAUUGAAAUAAUAAAAUAAGAUCACCAUUAUAAAAAAUUUUCUUUUUACAAUAUUUAUGCUCAAGUUUUAUUUUGUCAUAGCUAAUGUUCUCCGCAAACAUGUUAUCUUCGUCAAGCUCGAUUCUUAUGGUCCAGCUCACCGAUCAAAUUUUGAUAUUUUUUAGGAUUAGUUUGACACUAUUGAUUUUGUCGAUGUUCUUAGUGUCUAUCAAUAUAAUUGCAAGCCAUAAUGAUUGUUAAAAUUAAGCCUCCACGCAACAGUACUCUGAGAGGUGGGGGUGUUGAACUUGGAGUAGAAGAGUUGGGAUUAGGUUUGGGAAGGGAAGUGGUGGGGGAUGAAAUGUGUUUGCAUUUGGUAGCAAGUAAAGUUCAACUACAUCAGGUAAAUGUAGAGAAGAGGGAGUUGGUGAGGGUAGUGAUCGAAUUGAGGAGGGUAAACUGGAGUAGUUGAAGAGAGAAGUGAGAGAUGAUGAGGAUAUUAAUAAAAUGGAGAGGGUAUCGAAAGACAUGUAAGCAAAACUGGAGUAGUUAAAAAGAGAGAAUGGAGAGAUGAUGAGGAUAUUGAAGGGCAUGAAAGUGAACUGGAGCAGGUGAAUGCAAUUAAGCAGGAGAUGGACAUAUUGAUGGAAUUGGAGAUGAGUGUUGGUUUUACUGAGUUUAUUACAAUUUUUUUAUGAUGCUGAUGAUUAUAUUAAAACAGAGAACGAAACAAAAACAAACAAGGAACAAGGAUCAAAAGCAUUGAUCCCAUUAUCCGGGAGGAAACAAAAAGAAAAACAACAAAAAAACCAACAACGGAACACAAGAGCACUAGGUGGAACAGGCCACCCCUGUGCUCGACCCGACGGAAAAGAAUAGACCAAAACAAAACAAACCGAGCUCGCUGAAGAACCAGGGUCGAGCAACACGAGAAGGAGCCUCACGAGACACCCAGACAGCUCCGCCGAGCGGCAGAAAUGAAGCAAAGCAGACAAACCACCUAGGGGAAAAGUCUAACCAGCACCGAAAUCAUACGCAAAUUGAAACCCCGGACAGCUGAGAGGCACCCACUGAGCUUAUCACAAUUGUCCCUAAGUAAGAUGAGUUGGCCAAAUACAAGAAGAUGAUUGAG